GCAGCGUUUCUGUGUUUAACUGAGGUACUGUGACUCGUCUCCGUUUAUGUGUGGCUUUGGCGUUGAGGGCUUGGACAGCAAUACAGUCCGCGAGAUUAAAGGCUUAACAGUGCGCUCUCAUAAGCCCUGAUUAAGAAGGUCAUGAAGCUUUAGCUCUGGAGCCGUUAGCAUUCGGCUAGCAGACCCGUCGAGCAUCUACAUCUCCGCGAGCAGGUUCAUUCAUCGGACAAAAAUGGAGUGGGCAAGUCAGCUUUGUGAGAACCGAGGCUUGGGAUCCAAGAUGACAGACUCCAAAUAUUUCACCACUACCAAGAAAGGAGAGAUCUUUGAGCUGAAGGCAGAGCUCAACAGUGAUAAGAAAGAGAAGAAGAAGGAGGCUGUGAAGAAGGUCAUUGCAUCUAUGACCGUUGGAAAAGAUGUCAGUGCUCUGUUUCCUGAUGUUGUCAACUGCAUGCAGACAGAUAACCUGGAACUGAAAAAGCUGGUCUAUCUGUACUUGAUGAAUUAUGCCAAGAGCCAGCCAGACAUGGCCAUUAUGGCAGUCAACACUUUUGUGAAGGAUUGUGAGGACCCGAAUCCUCUGAUCCGAGCUCUAGCUGUGCGCACGAUGGGCUGCAUCCGAGUGGACAAGAUCACGGAGUAUCUGUGUGAACCUCUGAGGAAGUGUCUAAAAGAUGAAGACCCUUACGUGAGGAAGACUGCUGCAGUUUGUGUCGCCAAGCUCCAUGACAUUAACGCCCAGCUGGUAGAAGACCAGGGCUUCCUGGACACACUGAAAGACCUUAUCUCUGAUUCCAACCCUAUGGUGGUAGCAAAUGCAGUAGCAGCUCUGUCUGAGAUAGCAGAGUCUCAUCCUAACAGCAACCUUCUGGACCUGAACCCUCAGACCAUUAAUAAGCUCCUGACAGCCCUUAAUGAAUGCACUGAAUGGGGCCAGAUCUUCAUCCUUGACUGCCUGGCCAACUACACGCCCCGUGAUGACCGCGAGUCUCAGAGUAUCUGCGAGCGUGUGACUCCACGGCUUUCUCAUGCUAACUCGGCCGUGGUGCUGUCUGCUGUGAAGGUUCUGAUGAAGUUUAUGGAGAUGCUGCCGAAAGAUCUAGAUUAUUAUGGCACUCUGUUGAAGAAACUUGCUCCUCCAUUGGUAACGCUGCUCUCCGCUGAACCUGAACUGCAGUAUGUUGCCCUGAGGAACAUAAACCUCAUCGUACAGAAACGGCCUGAAAUCCUAAAGCAUGAGAUGAAGGUUUUCUUUGUGAAAUAUAAUGACCCAAUCUAUGUCAAGCUGGAGAAGCUGGAUAUAAUGAUCCGCCUGGCCUCUCAGGCCAACAUUGCUCAGGUGCUGGCUGAGCUAAAGGAAUAUGCCACUGAAGUGGAUGUAGACUUUGUGCGUAAAGCUGUACGAGCCAUUGGCCGCUGUGCAAUUAAAGUGGAGCAAUCAGCAGAGCGUUGUGUCAGCACACUGCUUGACCUCAUUCAGACCAAGGUCAAUUAUGUGGUGCAGGAAGCCAUUGUGGUGAUCAAGGACAUCUUCCGCAAGUACCCCAACAAGUAUGAGAGCGUGAUUGCCACUCUGUGUGAGAACCUGGAUUCUCUGGAUGAGCCCGAGGCAAGGGCAGCCAUGAUCUGGAUUGUGGGUGAAUAUGCAGAGAGGAUUGACAAUGCCGAUGAGCUGCUGGAGAGCUUCCUGGAAGGCUUCCAUGAUGAAAGCACACAGGUGCAGCUUCAGUUGCUGACAGCUAUUGUGAAGUUGUUCCUGAAGAAACCCACUGAGACCCAGGAGCUUGUGCAACAAGUGCUCAGUCUCGCCACACAGGAUUCUGAUAACCCUGACUUGCGUGACCGUGGCUACAUCUACUGGCGUCUGCUCUCCACGGACCCUGUGGCUGCUAAAGAGGUGGUUUUGGCUGAAAAGCCACUGAUCUCAGAGGAAACAGACCUGAUUGAACCCACCCUGCUGGACGAGCUCAUCUGCCACAUUGGGACUCUGGCUUCAGUCUACCACAAACCUCCCAGUGCUUUUGUGGAAGGCAGCCGUGGUGUUCAGCACAAGAGACUUCCUGCUCGUGCUGGCUCUGGAGAGAGUGCCGAGAGCCCUGAAGUUGGCCAGUCUGGAACCUCUGAAGCUCCACCUGCAGUCAUUCCAUCACAGGGCGAUCUCCUGGGGGACCUUUUGAACCUGGAUCUGGCCCCGGCCACAACCACUGUUCCUUCAGUUCAGCCUUCAAUGCAGAUGGGAGCCAUGGACCUACUUGGAGGAGGUCUGGAUAGUCUGAUGGGCGAUGAAUCAGAUACGCCGGGUGUUUCCCACAGGACCGAGAUGCAGUCUCCUCAGCCAUCUUCUGAUUAUUCUGAGAGAGAGCUGGGAGGAGACAUCGGUGGAAGUCCUUCGAUGGGUGCUGCUUUGGGGGCCCCUGCAGCCAUGCCUGCUGCUCUGAGCAAUGCUCCGGCUGUUGGAGGUGGAUUGGGAGACCUUUUUGACCUCGGUGGGGGUGUUGGCAUGCCAACGGGAUUCUAUGUUGCUCCUAAAACUUUGUUUUUACCAGCAAUGAAGGCUAAAGGGCUGGAGAUUUCUGGGACAUUUGCCCGACGUGGCGGCAUCAUUCAGAUGGAUCUGUCUCUCACCAACAAAGCCAUGAGCGUUAUGACUGACUUCGCCAUUCAGUUCAACAGAAACAGUUUUGGUUUGGCCCCUGCUGGCCCCCUGCAGGUUCUGACUCCUCUGACCCCAAAUCAGACGAUUGAUGUCAGUCUGCCUCUCGGCACAACUGGCCCUGUCAUGAAAAUGGAACCACUCAACAAUCUCCAGGUAGCUGUGAAGAAUAACAUUGACGUGUUCUACUUCAGCUGCCAGUAUCCUCUUAGCCUGCUCUUUGUAGAGGAUGGAAAGAUGGAACGUCAAGUGUUUUUGGCCACCUGGAAGGACAUCCCAAAUGACAACGAGGCACAGUUCCAAAUCAAAGACGUACACCUCAACUCAGAUGCAGCCAGCAACAAGCUGCAGGGCAGUAAUAUCUUCACCAUAGCCAAGAGGACAGUGGAUGCCCAAGACAUGCUCUACCAGUCCAUCAAACUCACCAAUGGCAUCUGGGUGCUGGCAGAAAUGCGUGUGCAAACUGGCAACCCUAACUAUACGGAAAUGGAGCUGUCAAUAAAGUGCAGAGCGCCAGAGGUCUCUCAGUUUGUGUACCAGUGCUAUGAGCUGGUGCUGAAGAACUGAAGAAGUUUGGGGGAAACCAGAAGGAUCUCACCGGGAGUUCUUCGGGUGACUGAAACCCAAAACUCGAUUGGACCAGUCAGAGGAAGAACCCCCCCACUGUCUUACUUUCCCUCAGACUGUGCUUUCACAGCAUUGACUGAAUCCCAAGGAAUUUUUCCUCAUUAUUCGUUUCCAUUCCUAACACCCUCUGUUUCCAUUCUCAUGAUAUCUAAAAUGCAACAUGAAUGAUAAAAAAUAUCAACUUUAUUCCACAGAAGUUCUUCUUAGCAAAUCUCAUUGCCUCUACUGUAUGAUCGCUUCCCUGUGCGUUCCCAGUAAACGUUUUUUCACCACUCAUGGUGGGCAAACAUGAGGGAGAUCUCGCUUUUAACCAUCUAGUGGUGGGAAGGGUUUGUUUUCCACAGUUGAGAGAAACCUUCAACACUGCUGUUUUUAAUUUAGCUUUCGUCAUCAGCAUUUUUGCUUGAAAAUUCAAAGUUUAAGUCUUGAUUUAUUUAUUUUCUUCAGUUUCGGUAACGCUCGUCUCUUUCUUCGAUAAUUUUGGUCUUUCCAUUAUUUCUUUGAAGGGAAUGCUGUGUGUUUAUGCAGAAGCACUACACCAUUGCUGAGUAUAACUUGUCUUUGGAUUCAGCAUCUCUAUAUUUGGUUAAGAUUACGAUUGCAGUCAUGUUUUGUUUCUACAGUUUAUUUUUAUUUAGGUUAUUUUUAGUCACUACUGUGUGUCGUGUGCUGCGUACCAGUUAUGAGUGUGUGAGAGUGAGUUGGAGGUGCAACAUUCUGCAUGUUCUGUUCCCUCUUAUGGCAAUCUUCCCUGUCCUCCAUCAGUCUGUUUGUGUACACAUGCCCACAUAUCCUGGAGGUUGUUGAUUUAGUGUCUGCGCUUUUUGUUGCAAGCAAGAUAAACUGCUCAAUCUGUGAGGGAGACUCUACUCGGCUGUUCAGAUUAAUUUGCAGAAGGUUAUGGUUAUGGUUGGAAUAUCUCAGAUAACACUGAACAUGAUGCGUUUAAGGUCUCAUACUUGGCAAAACAACUUGCUCCACCAUUCUUAAUGGGACUUAUGACAGGAGUUAAGGCUAAACUUUUAAAAUCGUCUUAUUUCUUUUCUUUUUUUUUCUUUUUUUUUAUACAUGUUUCCAAUCAGGACAAACUACGUAUCUCUCUCAAGAUAAAAAAAAAAAAAAAAAAAACACACCACCAGACUAAAUACUGCUGAACUGACACACAAAAUGCUCUAUGCGCUUAAAUAUUUCCAAGUAAUAUUGAUGAUUGUUUUUCUUUUAAUCAUAGUUUGGUGUUUGAUUCUGUUUGUGUGUGUGUGUGUGUGUGUGUGUGUUAUGUUCUGUGGGCUUAGUCAUGAGGGUGACUAAAAGGAGAUGUCCAGCAAAGAAUUUUGCUUUACGUUUUAUUGAGUUCUGUCAUGAAUGCAUCAUCUGUUAAGCAAAUUAAAAAAGUAUAUUACCCAUA